AAGGGAGGCGAGAAAAGGAGAGAGAGAGAUCAGAGCGAGAAGUGAGAAAACCCAGCUUGGCUUGUUUGAAGAAUUUCAUGUCCAUCUUGCCCAACCAAAACCAAGGAUCCAACUCGUCUUCUUCUUCAAUUCCCUUUGCAAACCCUAAUUCCCAACAUGGAAACCACCACGACCGUCACCUCUUCCAACCCCAAUCUCUCUCCCGCCAAAAUAUCGCAUUUGGAUCACUCGACAUCUCCGAUUCUCAUUCUCCCACUUCUCCAGGCCCAUCCUUACCAGCUCCACAAGAUUCCCUUGGAUCUUCCCAAGAGGUGACUGAGUUAGGACUUGCUGACAAUAAUGUUAUGCCCAACCACGAGAGACACUCUCAGUCUCGCUCCGGUGGAAAUGGACGAGGGGCUGGUUCAUACCGCUCUAGAGGGAAAAGGUCCGGGAGCCAACAGAGUAUCGGUACUGUUGCUUCUCAUGGAAGCUCACCGCAACCAGCUGGAAGAAGAUCCCAGAUGAUGAAUGGCAACCACUUGUUGAAUUUUCAUUAUGAUCCCAUUUCGCGUCCCCAGGCUAGAGGUCCUCCUCCUCCCCCUGCAAGAAGGCAACAUAAGAGAAAGGCAUACAACAAAGACUUAUUUCUUCAGGCAAACUACAAAUUUGUGGUCUUGGAUGCCGGAAACUACUCGGCUGAGUCAAUGGAUCCUGAUAAGAUGUUACGGUGGGAGGACAUCAUAUGUGUGAGGUAUUCCACCCCUACUUUGGUUCAGUGUCCAAUUUGUCUGGAGUAUCCUCUUUGUCCUCAGAUAACCUCAUGCGGACAUAUUUUCUGUUUCCCAUGCAUUUUGCAAUACCUACUGAUGGGGAAGGAAGAUCAUAAGGGCGACUCCUGGAAAAGAUGCCCUUUGUGUUUUGUGAUGAUAUCACCAAAGGAUUUAUACACCCUCUUUGUUGAGAAUGUUAAGCAGUAUAGUGUUGGUGAUUCUACCGAGUUUAUGCUUCUUAGUCGACAAAAGGAUUCAUUUACUAUAUCCCAUAAAAUUAAACAGGAGAAAGAUGCAAUGCCAGGUUGUGAUGAUGAAAGUUACGAUCCCUUUUCAAAGUUUACAUUUACAUCAGAUGUAGAUCUUUCCGUCAGAAAGGCGAUAUCAGAGCUAGAUGCUUGGUUAGUCCGGGCAGAUGCGGGGCUUGUCGAUGACCUAGAGAAGCUGCCGUAUGUAUGUGCUGCAAUGGAACAUUUGGAACAGAGGAAGAAGUAUUGGAAUGAGCACCGGGCUAUUGACAACAAUAAAACUGGUUCUUCUGUUGUCUUGGCUACUGCAAAUCCUACUAAUGGUAACAGUGAAGCAUCAAUCAUUGGGGAUGGAACUUUGUCUAAUGGCUUUAAUGACUCAAAUAAGUGUUCAGAGAGUUUAUUAGUGGACAAGUCAGAUGAUGGGACUUCUUCUGACCAAUCUGUGGAUGCGGCGGAAUCAUUGGAAGGCCAUGAAAAUCUUUUGUCUUCUUCAUAUGAUGAAAGCAAGACUGUCCAAGGGCACUCACAUUUCACUGAAAGUGUAAAAGAGAAGGACUCCUACAAUUUCUACCAGGCUGCGGAUGGUCAGCACAUGAUUCUUCAUCCUUUAAACAUGAAAUGUCUUCUCCACCAUUAUGGGAGCCAUGAUAUGCUGCCACACAGAAUAAAUGGAAGGAUUUUGCAAUUGGAAACAGUAACUCAGUCAGAAGCUUUGAGAAGGCGCUAUCGCUACUUAAGUCAUUUCUCGUUAACAACAAUACUGCAGUUCUGUGAGAUUGAUCUGAGUGAGCUAUUGUCUCCUGAUGCCCUGUCUCCCUUUAUGGAAGACAUAAAGAAGCGUGAAAGGCAGAGAAAGCAACUUGCUAGGAAGGAGAGGAAGGAGCAGAUAAAGGCUGAAUCUGCCAUGGCAUAUCCCAUCCCCAUAGUAGCAGGCUUUGCACAGUCCUUUCAUGAUGAAUCCCCCACAUUCUCCAUGGAUGACUUUGAAGCUUUGGGAAGUACUUCGGUUACUUCAUCCAGCCCUCCAAUUGUUGGAGAAAGGAGACUGUUCUCAAGUGUUACGAAGCUUGGUUUUGCUGCUGGACAUGAUUCUCCAUCCUUGAAACUAGAUGGAACUAAUUCCCUGAAUGGCAAUGAUGCAGGAUCCUCUCUUCAGACUGCAGGCACUCAAAAUGCAGGUGUAACGUCAUUUGCUAAUAUAACAUCCAGAGCUAAACCCGAGGAAAAUUUGGACGCACCGAAGAUAAAUGGUUCGGGGAAAAAGGGGAAGAAGCAAAGUCGAGUCCUCUUGUCAACAACUGGUGGUCGGCGCUAUUGAUAUCUUAUUGGGACUUAUUGUACUGUAGACUGAUGGAGGUUGUAUGAUAUAGCUUGUUGACAGGAGAGUUUGUCAUGUUAUUUUGUAAAGUUGUGGUAGAUGGGAAAAACAAAAUCAUUUCUCUACCCCUAAACAAGUACAUGCCUGAAUAAGAAGCAAGGGGCCAUAUUGUCUGCCAAGUCCCCAAGCAUGAGAAUGAAAUGGACCGAAUGCUAUCUAUCAUGCCUGAAUCAAAAGAGAAGUUGUAAUAGACAACCCAGAUUUUAACAUCA